AACGAAACUGACACAAAAGACAGGACCGGUCGAGUACUCGAUUGGAGUAGCAACGAGAGAGAGAGAGAGAGAGAGAGAGAGGGAGAGAGUCGUUGCAUAGUCGUUGCCAAGGAAAGAAUCCGAUAGACACAGGAGAGAGAGAGAGCGAGAGAGAAGCACAGAAGCCAAUGAUUACAAUUCAUCUGCCCGUCGAUGAAAUAUGAAAUGGAUGGCGUAAAAAACCCCACCACCACCACCACCACCACCACCGCCACCUUUCUCUUCUUCUUCGACCCACCAUUUUGCUUCCAAUCUACGCCGUCGUUUUCACUUCCGCCCUCCGCCUACUCCCAACUACCAUGAUCACCCCCCUCCUUAAACCCCUCCUCGGAUCUCACCCGCAGAUCCACCUCCACUCUCUCUCUCCUCUCUCCCCUCUCUCAUAUGGACCCUGCCACCUCUCGCCCCGCCGUCGUCAUCGACAACGGCACCGGGUAUACUAAAAUGGGAUUCGCUGGUAACGUAGAGCCGUGUUUCGUGGUCCCCACCGUCGUCGCCGUCAACGAUUCGUUCGUGAACCAACCCCGAAGCUCUUCCGCGAAGGGAAGCAACUGGCUGGCGCAGCACAGCGCUGGCGUCAUGGCCGAUCUCGAUUUCUUCAUAGGAGACGAGGGUUUGUCUAGAUCCAAAUCUAAUAGUACGUAUACGUUAACGCAUCCGAUUAGGAACGGUCAGGUAGAUAAUUGGGAUGCCAUGGAGAGGUUUUGGCAGCAGUGUAUAUUCAAUUACUUGCGUUGCGAUCCGGAGGAUCAUUAUUUUCUUUUGACUGAGAGUCCGUUGACUCCGCCGGAGAGCCGGGAGUACACGGGUGAGAUUAUGUUUGAGACUUUCAAUGUGCCGGGGCUUUACAUCGCGGUGCAGCCGGUGCUCGCGCUUGCAGCUGGGUACACGACAUCAAAGUGUGAGAUGACAGGGGUUGUAGUGGAUAUUGGAGAUGGGGCUACUCAUGUCGUCCCUGUUGCAGAUGGUUACGUUAUUGGGAGCAGCAUUAAGUCCAUUCCAAUUGCUGGAAAAGAUGUAACUCUCUUCAUCCAGCAGCUUAUGCGGGAAAGAGGAGAGCAUGUUCCACCUGAAGAUUCAUUUGAAGUAGCUCGAAAAGUGAAGGAAACAUAUUGCUACACUUGUUCUGAUAUUGUCAAGGAGUAUAAUAAGCAUGACAAAGAACCAUCUAAGUACAUCAAGCAAUAUAGAGGUAUUAAACCUAAGACAGGGGCACCAUAUUCGUGUGAUGUCGGUUACGAACGAUUUCUUGGCCCUGAGGUUUUCUUUAAUCCUGAGAUUUAUAGCAAUGAUUUUACGAUGCCCCUACCAGCUGUAAUUGACAAGUGUAUUCAGUCUGCACCAAUUGACACAAGAAGGGCUUUGUAUAAGAAUAUUGUCUUGUCUGGUGGAUCAACAAUGUUCAAAGACUUCAACCGAAGAUUACAACGGGAUCUAAAGAAGAUUGUGGAUGCUCGUGUUCUUGCAUCUGAUGCGCGGCUUGAUGGAGAAUUAAAGUCACAACCGGUGGAGGUCAAUGUUGUCAGCCAUCCCAUCCAGCGUUAUGCUGUAUGGUUUGGAGGCUCUGUCCUUGCAUCAACGCCAGAAUUUUUUGCGGCUUGUCACACCAAAGCAGAAUAUGAAGAACAUGGGGCAAGCAUUUGCCGGACGAAUCCUGUUUUCAAGGGGAUGUAUUGAUGCGAAUAACUAUGUCAGGAGAUGUUGUAUGGCCAUUUAACGAUCGUGUGCUUAAGAUGGGAAAAUGGAAUGCCUCAUCAUUUCCACCUCAACAUGCUCCAGAUAUGGCGAUCCAAUCUACAUGCAGAAAUCGUGUGUAAUUUAGAGGUUUAGCUUGCAGGAGAUGGUGUACAAUAUAUCCUUAGUUUGAUUUGUAUGAAAGUGAAGUUUUUGUAUUCUUUUUUAGGGUAGGGGAAGCAAGUAGUCGAAGACUGACCAAGUCUAAAGGAGUCUAAAGGCGUCUAUAUUGAUAACACUGAUAUAAGAAGUUUUUUUCCCCAUUCUUGUUGGGAGUUGAUAUUCCCUUAUAGGACAUUCUCAAUUAGGUUGAUUGAUUCAUUUGGAUUGGAUUGAGGAGGAGUUGGCAUAAUAAGUAGAAGUUCCAUUCAUUUGUAAUCAAUCCAGAUUUUUCAUUCAUGCAUUUACGAUGCUAAUCUUUA